CACACUUUCUGCACAUAUGCCGAGCCAUCCAUAGAGUGGUCUGCUUCAGCUCCAUCACUUUGGUCUUGCCGGCCUAUGUGUGCAUGGCCAAGGAUGCUCAGAUGUCUGGCAGCAGGCCCUCAACUCCCAGCAGCGUCACCUUGCCAUCUGAACUUGCCCCAAAACGAUCUGGGAGGGAGAUUUUCCAGAAGUUGAAAAGUGCUCUUGGAAGCCUACGGAAGUCAGUGACACCACAGCCAACUCACUCAGCUGAUACACCUGCUCAGUGCCCUAUGGCGGUAGAACAUGGUAGUGAAUCCCAUGACCUGAUCUGCAUGGCUAAGACUCUGGAGAGACUCUUAUCAAGUGACAGUAUUGACAACAUCGCCAAGGGCCUUGUUGAUCAAAUUCAGGCUGUUCGGCAGGACAGGACCCCGACUCCCACUGCUCUGGAUGGAAAAAGUACCCCUGGGUCUGAGAGUCAGAUGACAGCUCCCCAGAAGACACUGAGUGCCACUCAGGUAGUGUACUCUUUCACCGAGCAUGCCAUCAAGGGAUUGCUGCAGUCCCAUCUUCUCCCUCUGGUGGAGUGGAAUGCUGGUCGAGAUGUUGCUACGCCCGGAAGCACCGUCUCCGAGGUCCUAAGCCCACCAGCCAGAGAUUCUGCCGAUGAAUUACGUCUUGGACUGGAUAAGCCUGACUGCAGUUGUCUGGUUGCCAAGCUAUUGCAAGCAUUGCCCAGCAUUCCCCAUCAGCAAACAGUGGAAUCUACAACUUUGGAGAGAUCUUCCUCUUCGGCCACUGAAGUUGCAAAUGUCUUCUCUCAGCUCAUGACCUCCCAGGUCAUUGACAUGAUCGACUCAGAGAUGGCAAAACAUCUUGAGCAGAAAAACAAAUUGACUUUGGAUGAAACAAGAAUCCUGUCAACUACACCUGACAAAGAUGAGUCUGUGCUUGGUAAACACCUUGCCUCUGUCCCUGAUUCUCAGGGUGCUUUGAUAUCAAGACUCCUCAAAAGGUUCCUCUCACAAUUCAAAUCGACCGACUCGGGAGUCCUCAGUGCAGUCGAUAGUGCCAGUGCCUCGGCAUCCACUAGUGAGAAGACACAGUCCGCAUCCGCUAAACUCGAAGAUGUGCUAGGGCUCUUCACAAGUGUGAUGGUUCACAAAGUGUUGGAGAUCCUUGAUGCCGACUUGGAAAUGAGACAGGACGGAGUCCUCGACCUGACUCAGAGUGCACUCAGCAUUCGACUGAGCUCUGUAGCUCCUUCCAUACCGCUGUCUGAUUCCACCAUCCCUGACAUAUACAAGUAUGUGACUGCCCGUGACAAACAGUUCAUCUGUGCUGCUUGCAAGCGUCCUGGAGACACCAAUGACAAUGGCUGUUUGGUCACAGCACUGGUGCUGCGUCUGUUGACCAAGAUGCAAGACCAGCAGACUGGCCCUGCGGAUGCAAAGACGGACGCCCAGAAGCUGCUGGAACGACUCUUGCUUGAGUUCACCAACGCAUCAGGCACUCUGGACUUCAGUGCAUAUGAGAACAACAUCAAACUGCAGUCAAUCUACCGCGCCCUGAACACGUUCCUGCUGAAGAACUUUGGAUCCCAGGCCAUCCUGCAGAAACCAGCCGAUGCAGAAGACACUGCAUUUGAUGAUCUCUUGAUGUCAGCAUUGACCAAAGAGCUGCUGCGCCGGUGCGAUGUGGAAGUUACAGCUAUCCCAUCAGCCUCAGGUGGUACCCCAUCAGCCUCAGGUGGUACCCCAUCAGCACCAGGUGUCCCACCCACACCUGAACCUCAGGCAGCAGGUACAGGCAGCAAGACACACAAGACGUGGUUCAGCUUCAAGAUCCUAAAGAGACGCAGCAAGAACAGAGUGUCUCCCUCUGGUGCCAUUCCUCCUGACACAAAUCAGAGCAAUAGCGCUGAUGCAGCUGUGCCUGUCCAGAAGCCUCGUAAACGCUUACUCUUCAUCAAAUUGUUCACGAGUUGCUUCAAAGGCUCUGAGGAAUCCUGA